ACUCCAUUCAAAACAAUACCUCUCUCUCUCUCCAUAUCCAUGGCCACGCCUUCUCUCCUCUUCAUUCUCCUCCUAUCGACUUUGCAUGCAUGCGAUGCUUGUCAUCGUCUCCAGCUCUUUGAGUAUUCGAAUCCUGUUUCGAGGCUCGGACUACUGGCUCCGAUCCCUCAAGAGUUUCGAACAGACCAACCAGAAAGAAGUCUUAACAAAAACAUCAUCCACAAGGUUUCUAGUUCUGUAGAGAUUGGAAUUGGAAUAUUAAAGGGAAUGAAGAAGCACAAAAGGUUGGCAAUGGAGUUCUCAAUGAAAGAAAAAGAGAAAUUGAUGAGCUAUGAGGAAAAUGAGGUUGGAGAAGACAUGGUAGUGAUGGAUUACGCACAACCCCAUAGGAAGCCUCCAAUUCACAAUAAAAAACCCUAGAUUUGAAAUUUCCUUUAAUUUCAAUAUUCUAAAUUUAUUCCAAAGUCCUAUUUUUUUUUUAUUUAAUUACAUUGGAAUAAAGAAAAAUAGAGUGAAAACUAUGUGAUGAAGUAUAGCUCUUUGAUAAAUUAAACGGCCUUCAAUUGUAUGAAAUUUGAGUGAAAAAAAGGGUUUGUAUUA